GAGAAGGUAGGUAGAAGACGAGAAAUCACAAGUCGCAAAAUUUCUUCUUCUUCUUCUUCUUCUACUAGCUACGAAAAAGUGAAACGCAGUGACCUUCAAGACUCCCAAAGUCUUCAACCGCAAGAACACGAAGAAGCCAUAAUCGUCCAACGCAGUCACGACUCAAAACCACUCUUACCGAGGAACUCGAACAGGGUUUUCUCUCUCUUCCAUGCCACCAUGGAUUCUUCUUCUUCCACCGUCUUCCGCCCACCGGAUUCUUCCCUCAGAUGUACUCGACCUUCCAACGUAAACUACUUGCCGCGUUCACCCAAUGGCUCCUCCACCACCCCUGGCUUUCCUCUUCAAUUUCGGAAGUUUUCCGGACAACAAACCACCCCAAACCGCGCGCAUUUUGUUAUUGACCUUGUCUUGGACCACCGUGGUGUUUUCAAAUGUUCUAUUGAGGAUUUAAUCGCUAAAUGCAACUCCAAGCCGGAUAAUUUUAUUGUCCCCCAGGCUGGUUCUGUUUCUGCGUUUUUGUAUUUCAAGCAGUGGGUUUCUGCACUCGAGACUAUGGUUGGGCUGUGGGAAUUGCGCCUUGAUGGCCUUCAUGAUUUCACUCCUAUUCUCAAACCUAGGAAUAAUUUGCCCUCUGAUUUUGAGGAACUCCAUGAUCGACUUCGGACCCUCUUUGCUGAACGUAUCAAGCGUCUCAUGGAUGGCGAGAAGGUUCGACAUUGGCAAAACAAACACGAUCUUGUUAUGGAUGAGAUCGAUAGAAUUUCGGAUUUGCUUCGGAGGCCCCUUCGUAUCGCCGCUGUGUUUGAACUCAAAGAAAAGAAGAAGGGGCUUCUUAUCGAGAAGAAAUCAAUUACGAUGAAGAUCGAAGAGUUUAACUCUGCUAUGCGUGACAUUCUGGAUUAUGUGGAAGGAAAGAAACUGGAAACAUCAGGUUCCGACGACGUGGGGGUUUUUACAUUUGAUGAGACAAUUAACUGGAACCGGAUUCAUAGCUUGAUUUUGAGAGAAUGCCGCAGACUCGAGGAUGGUUUGCCCAUGUAUUCCUGCCGCCAGGAAAUCCUUCGGCAAAUGCAGUGUCAACAGGUAAUGGUGUUGGUUGGAGAGACAGGGUCAGGAAAGAGCACACAGUUGGUUCAGUUUCUUGCUGAUUUUGGACUUUCUGCUUCUAAGUCAAUUGUGUGUACACAGCCUCGCAAGAUAUCUGCUGUUUCCCUUGCCCAUCGGGUGAGGGAAGAAAGUCAUGGGUGUUAUGAUGAUGAUGAUUAUAUAAGCUGUUAUCCAUCAUUUUCAUCUGCUCAACAGUUCAAAUCUAAGAUAAUAUACAUGACGGACCAUUGUUUACUGCAGCACUACAUGAAUGAUAAGAAGCUUUCUGAUGUUUCCUGUAUUAUAAUUGAUGAGGCUCACGAAAGAAGUUUGAAUACUGAUCUCCUUCUGGCAUUACUCAAGAGUUUACUCAUGGUGAGAAUUGACUUGCAUCUUAUUAUUAUGUCUGCAACAGCCAAUGCAGACCAACUAUCAAAGUACUUUUUUGGAUGUGGCAUCUUUCAUGUUCCAGGGAGGAACUUUCCUGUUGAUAUUAAAUAUGUUCCUUCUUCCGAUGAAGGCACUUCAGGUUCUAGCAUUGUUGCUUCAUAUGUUACUGAUGUUGUAAGAAUGGCGUCUGAGAUUCACUGGCAAGAAAAAGGAGGGACUAUUCUUGCAUUUUUGACUUCUCAGAUGGAAGUAGAAUGGGCAUGUGAAAAUUUUCAUGCUCCUGGUACAGUCCCCUUGGCAUUUCAUGGUAAGCUAUCCUUUGAUGAACAAUUUCGUGUUUUCCAGGACCAUCCUGGAAAGAGAAAGGUUAUUUUUGCCACAAAUCUUGCAGAGACAUCAUUGACAAUUCCUGGGGUCAAGUAUGUUAUAGAUCCUGGUUGGGUCAAAGAUAGCAAAUUCGAACCUGGAAGUGGUAUGAAUAUUCUUAAGGUCUGCAGAACCAGUCAGAGUUCUGCAAAUCAACGAGCUGGUCGUGCAGGUAGAACAGAACCUGGAAGAUGUUAUAGACUGUACACAGAGUCUGAGUUUGAGCUAAUGUCUCCUAAUCAUGAACCUGAGAUUCGUAAGGUUCAUCUGGGUGUUGCAAUAUUGAGAAUUCUUGCCUUGGGUGUGAAGAAUGUGGAUGAUUUUGACUUUGUGGAUGCUCCCAGUGCUGAAGCUGUUGAAAUGGCCAUCAGAAAUCUCGUCCAGUUGGGAGCUAUUACACUGAAUAACAAGGUUUAUGAAUUAACAAAUGAAGGCCGCAAUUUAGUAAAGUUAGGUAUUGAGCCACGCCUUGGCAAGUUGAUUCUUAGUUGCUUUGAUUGUCGUGUUCGUAGAGAGGGUGUUGUACUUGCUAUUUUAAUGACGAAUGCUAGUAGUAUAUUUUGCCGAGUUGGUAGAGUCGAAGAUAAAUUAAAAUCUGAUUGCCAGAAAGUUCAAUUUUGCCACCCUGAUGGUGACCUUUUCACUCUGCUUUCAGUUUAUAAACAAUAUGAAGCUUUGCCAAAGGAGAGGAAAAACAAAUGGUGUUGGGAGAACAGCAUUAAUGCCAAAACUAUGAGAAGAUGCCAAGAUGCUAUCUUGGAUUUGGAACGUUGUCUCAAACAAGAACUUCACAUUAUCAUUCCAAGUUAUUGGCUUUGGAGUCCGCUAAAGCCUUCAGACCAUGACAGAAAUCUUAAGAAGUGUAUACUUGCUUCUCUUGCUGAGAAUGUGGCCAUGUUCACUGGUUAUGAUCGACUGGGUUAUGAAGUGGCGUUGACUGGACAACAUGUUCAGCUACAUCCUUCAUGUUCUUUGCUAAUAUUUAGUGAGAGGCCCAAAUGGGUGGUGUUCGGUGAAAUUUUGUCAAUAACUAAUGAAUAUUUGGUCUGUGUAACUGCUUUUGACGUAGAUGAUUUGUUGAACCUUUCCCCUCCUCCUUUGUUUGACAUAUCUAAUAUGGAGAAACAUAGGCUUGAAGGACGAGUUCUUAGCGGCUUUGGCAAAACUCUACUUAAAAGAGUUUGUGGGAAAAGCAACAGUAAUCUUCUUUCUCUUACAUCACAUGUUCAAAAAGUUUUCAGUGAUAACUGCAUAGGCAUUGAAGUGAAUAUCAAUCAGAAUGAGAUUAUUUUGUUUUCGAGAACAGAGAACAUGGAUAAUGUGUGUCAUUUUGUAAAUGAUAUAUUGGAGUAUGAAAGGAAGUAUUUGUUGAAUGAGUGCAUGGAGAAAUGCUUGUAUCAUGGAAAUGGUGGCUCGACUCCCAUAGCUUUGUUGGGUGCUGGUGCUAAAAUAAGACAUCUGGAGCUUGAUAAGAGAUAUUUGACUGUUUAUGCAUAUCGUUCGAAUGUGGACACCAUUGAUGAUAAGGAGUUUUUUAUGUCUCUUGAGAAAUUUGUAUCUGGUACAGUUUGUGGUAUUCAAAAAGUUUCAAGUUCUGGACAGGAUGUCGAUGACAAAGAAAGAGGACAUAGAAUAACAUUUCUUACUCCUGAUGCAGCUGAAAAAGCUUCUAAGCUUGAUAGUGAUUCUUUUUGUGGAUCCUUGGUGAAGAUAAUGCCUUCGCAGCUAACUGCUGGAUGUGAUAAUAAACUGUUCACUUUUCCUCCUGUCAAAGCUAAAGUCUUUUGGCCUCGUAGGUUGAGCAAAGGAUUUGCAGUUGUUAAAUGUAACAUUGAUGAUAUUGGAUUCAUUCUUAAUGAUUUCUCUCACCUAGUGAUUGGGGAUAGGUUCUUACGUUCUGAACCGAGCGUAAAGUACAAUAACUGUGUUACUAUUAGUGGAAUUGACAAAGAGCUGUCUGAAGCUGAUAUUUUAAAUGUUCUGAGGUCUGCAACAGACAGGAAAAUUUUGGAUCUUUUUCUGGUUCGGGAAAAUGCUGUUGACAACCCUCCAGUUAAUUCUUGUGAAGAAGCUCUGCUGAAAGAAAUUUCUCCUUUUAUGCCUAAAUCAAACCCUCACGUCAAAUGUUGUCAUGUUCAAGUUUUUCCACCUCAACCCAAGGAUUUUUACAUGAAAGCUGCGAUAACUUUUGAUGGAAGAUUGCACUUGGAGGCAGCAAAAGCUUUGGAGUUUUUGGAAGGAAAAGCACUGCCUGUAUGUCUUCCAUGGCAGAAAAUAAAGUGCCAGCAGUUAUUUCAUAGCACUUUAUCCUGCACCAUCCCCAUAUAUAGAGUGAUAAAACAUCAACUGAAUUCCGUACUUGAAAGCUUCAGGAGGAUAGAUGGUGUGGAAUGCACUCUUUCUCAAAACGUCAAUGGUUCUUACCGAGUGAAGCUAUCUGCCAAUGCUACAAAAACACUAGCUGAGCUGAGACGACCGGUGGAAGAGCUUCUGAGAGGGAAGAUUAUAGAUCAUGCUAGCCUGACUCCAACUGUUCUGCAGCACCUGGCCUCUAGAGAUGGUUUUGAUCUAAUAAAUUUUUUACAGCGGGAAAAUGGAGUCUACAUUCUCUUUGACAGGCAGAGACUUAGUCUACGGAUUUUUGGUGCUCCUGAUAAGAUAGCUGAAGCUGAGCAGAAGUUGAUUCAAUCUCUCCAGACCAUUCAUGAAAGCAAACAGCUCGAGAUUCACCUUCGAGGCAAAUCUUGGCCUCCCAACCUCUUGAAGGCAGUGGUUGAGAAGUUCGGUCCGGAUCUCAAUGGCCUUAAACAAAAGUUUCCGGGGGCUGGAUUUACAUUAAAUACUCGGCUUCAUAUUUUAUAUGUGCACGGUAGUAAGGACUUGAAGCAGGAAGUUGAAACUAUCAUUUUUGAGCUUGCAAAAAUGAGUGGUGGUUCAGUUGAGAGGGCAGACGAUGCAGAUGCUUGUCCAAUUUGCUUAUGUGACAUCGAAGACGACAGGUUUGAGCUUGAGGCUUGCGGACACCAUUUUUGCCGACAAUGCCUUGUGGAGCAGUUUGAGUCCGCCAUAAAAAACCAGGGAAGAUUCCCAGUAUGUUGUGCCAAACAGAAAUGUGGUUCUCCUAUUUUACUUGCAGAUAUGAGAACUCUGUUGUCGAGCGAGAAGUUGGAGGAACUGUUCCGAGCUUCACUGGGAGCUUUUGUUGCUUCUAGCAACGGUGCCUAUAGGUUUUGCCCAUCUCCUGACUGCCCCUCUGUUUACCGAGUGGCCAGCUCUGAUAUGUCUGGAGGGUUAUUCAUUUGUGGAGCAUGCUACUCAGAAACUUGUAAUAGGUGCCAUUUGGAGUACCAUCCUUUCCUGUCGUGCGAACAGUACCGGGUGUUUAAGGAAGACCCAGAUUCGUCACUGAACGAGUGGCGGAAAGAUAGAGAGAAUGUCAAGAACUGCCCGGUGUGCGGGUACACGAUCGAGAAGAUGGAUGGGUGCAACCACGUUGAAUGCAAGUGUGGAAGACAUAUAUGUUGGGUGUGUUUGGAGUUUUUUGGUAGCAGCGAUGAAUGUUAUACCCACUUGAGGAGCAUUCAUAUGACCAUCGUUUGAGCAUGUUUACUUUUGUGAAUAAAUAUGUAUAAAAUAUGUAUUAUUAGGUUUGUUGGGCGUAAAUAAUAUUAUUACACAGUACAAUGCGUAAGCCAAAUGGGUAGUUCAUCAUAUAUGUACAUAUAAUUAAAUUGUAAAAUAUGUUUAGCCAGGCGUUUACCCUUCCUUUCCAAUUAAUAUAACAUAUAUAAAUUAUUACUUA